AUGCUAAAGUGCUGUUACUGCUCUAAACAAUUUAAAUAUGAAAGCGAGAAGAAAAGACAUGAAAUAAGUCAUAUUCCACAAUUUGAGUGUAAAGUGUGUUCAAAAAAGUUUAGUUUUUUAUCAGCCUUAAAAAGGCAUCUAAAACAGCAUGAAAGGACUUCUAGUGUUAAAUGUAAUGAUUGUGGACGCACAUUUCUUGAUGAUAUCCUUCUUAAGCGACAUAUGACUUAUGCACAUAAAGGUACUUAUAUAUGUUCAAAAUGUGAUGCAAAAUUCAAUAGUGACUUAGCUUUAAUAUCUCAUUUAAAGACACAUAAGCCAAAGAUAGAAAGAAGAUACAAAUGCAGUUACAGUGGUUGUGACAAAUCUUUUAAUUUCUCACACCAUUUGAAGCAUCAUUUAUUGACUCAUUCAAAUACAAAACAACAUUAUUGCAAAAUAUGUGGAAAAGGGUUCAUCCAGGCUCAUCAUUUAAAAUCUCACCUUAGAACACAUGAGCUGGAAAACUGCCUACCGAGCACUGAGCAAAAUAGUGACAAGAAGUUUGCAUCUGAAACACACUACAGAAAACAGUAUCUUGAUGACCACCUUCGUGGGAUCACAUUACACAGUGAUAAUUCAUCGGACUCCAAUUUUGAUAUUAAUUCAAAUUCUAUGACAGAUAAAGUGUGUCCUAAAUGUGAUCGAAGUAUUAAAGAAGCUGACGAAGAACAUGAAUGCAAGCUAAAAGAAGUAACCCAGGACUUAUCAAUCGAUGUAAAAGAUGAUAUUGAAACAUAUAAUAAUAACAUUGAAGUUUUUAAAAAUUGCAAGUCCGUUCUAGGGAAAUGUAUAGCUAACGAAGACUCAAGUUGUUUAUGUUCUCAAAUAAAUGAAGCGUACAAUUUUUAUGAUUCAAUACUACCAAAUGAUGAUUUUGAACCAGUUAAAUUGAAAGAAGUAAAACUAAAAGGAAGUUUGAUCGACCAAUCUAUUGGUUCAAUAAAUAUGUGUGAAGGCUGUGAAUGCUCAAAAAAUGUUAACGAAAGUUCAAAUAUUCCAUUAGAGUGUACUAAAGAUGGUGCCAUAAAAAUCAAGGAUUUAUUUGAUUCUGAUAUAGAUUUUAGUAUGAAAAAGACAAGUAUUGAUUUAAAUAAUAUUUCCUAUGGCUGUAAAGCGGCUUUAGGUAAAUGUAUAGUGAGUGGGAGCGGUGAUAUAAGUGAAGAGUGUCUGUGCGCUAAAAUGGCGAUGGAUGAUCAACAAAUGAUCUCGCAACAGAUGGAUGAAAUAACACCUCGGCCAAGUAUGUCUUUG